AAGCACGUCGCAAAAGUGUGCUUUAAUGACAGUCCUGGGUAUUUUCCACUCUUGUUUUCUUUCGCAUUUAUUUGCAAAGCCAGGUUCCAGAGAACCAGUGGGUUUUUUUCUUCUUCCUUCCUUUGGGUAAUUGCUGCUUAUCCGAAUAACCUUUAUAUUGCUCUGCAGUUAUUGCAAUCCAUAAAGAUAAGGCCAGAAAUACCUUUUCAAGAUGUAACAAGGUGCAUAAAUAGUCCUUUUUCGAUUCUAGCUUCUCAGUUGCCGCUGACAAUUUCCUGGCAAGAAUUCAGCUUCUUAGCUCUCUCGCUGUGGAGGCAAUAUCUGAUCUAACUGAGAUCCUUCCCGGGCAAUAUUUCAAAUGUCGCAGAAAGAAGAUGAACUCAUUCAUACGUUCAAUGGCAUUACUUUUACUACGAGAUCAUCGCCAGAGCUUUUAAAAUCCCUGGCUACCUUUGAGGCGAGAGAAGAUGAUGUUCUUUUGGUUUCCUAUCCAAAAUCUGGCACUCACUGGCUGGCUGAAGUCAUAAUGCACCUCUAUGACUCUAGAGCGGCUCUAACUUCUCCAAUUGAAUUUGGAGAUGUUUCUAAACUGGACCAACUGAACUGUCUGUCCUGCAAGCGAAUCAUUCCAACCCACCUGGACAGCAACAUGCUACCACCCACGUUCAAGCUCAAACAAUGCAAAGCGAUCUACAUUGUCCGGAACCCAAAAGACAUCGCUGUUUCCAUGUACCAUUAUUACAGAGAAAACCCAAACCUCCCUACGGUUGAUUCCUGGUCAACCUUCCUGGACAUCUUCUUAAAAGGAGAUGUUGUCUGCGGAUCCUGGUUUGAUCAUGUUUUAAGCUGGGAGAAACACAGAAAUGACAACAGCACCCUGUUCUUGUUCUACGAAGACAUGAAAAGGGAUCUUCCUAAGGUCGUGAAGAAAGUAAGCGCCUUCCUGGGGGUAAACACCAAUGAGAGCGGGAUUAAUGAGAUCUGCAAAAAAUCUUCAUUCAGUGAGAUGAAAACCAACACAGAGAAAGAGAACCAUGAUCCAAAUCAUACUGUCUGCGCGCUCACAUCCAACCGGAAGCUGAUAUUCCGAAAAGGUGCCGUCGGUGACUGGAAGAAUAAUUUCACUCCCAAACAGAACCGGAUGUUUGAAGAGACAUUUAACAAGAAAAUGGCAUUCAGCGAAGUGGCAGAACAUCUUGUAUAUGAAUACUGAUUUCAAAGCAACCAGCAGAAAUUGACUGUACGGAAACGUGUUUGCUGCGGGUCAGUAGAUAUUGAAAGGGCUUGUACUUCCCAGAUUCAUGUACUUGAUUUCCUAAAAAAGGAAAACAGAACGUGUAGAAGUGAGACCUGCAUCAAAAUGUUCCAGCAGUGCCGUUCCUUUCCACACCUCUCAUUUUGCAUCUCCUUCUCCGAACCCAAAGAAAAACACACACUCAACAGUCAACUUUCCAUGACUAGCGAGCACACUCAUGGUAUGCGGCCUAGAAUAUGCCGUGCAUCCUUUACGAUACCCAGGGUUGCCCACUCAAUAUCUCCCUGUGGGUGGGAAAUUUGGAAGCCACUAACCAGUUCUGUAGAUAGAAUCUACAUUUUCCAAUGAGUGGACUUCUUUGUCUAUGCCACAGCCUAAACCAGGGCGAAUUGAUUGCCUUUUGACUGUUUGUCCUCAGUUUAAUGUAUACUUGCAUAAUAAAUGUCUGAUUACACAUGA